UUAUAUCUGUCUUGUGUCUCGAUUUUUACAAAACCCUCAAAACAAAAGUAAAAAUCAAAAAUUUGAAUUUAUUUUGAACUCUCCGUCCGUACUGUAAUGGCGUUCGUAUCUUUCGCUGGCAGAGUUCUCUUCGCGUCUGUGUUUAUCCUCUCUGCUUUUCAAGAGUUCAAUGAAUACGGAGUUGAUGGUGGCCAAGCAGCAAAGCAUCUUGCACCAAAAUUCAGUUUGUUCUCAAGACAUGUUUCAUCUCAAACCGGGUUUCAAGUACCGCCAGUUGAAAUCAAGAAUUUGGUCGCUGCUGCUAUAGCGGUGAAGGGUCUUGGAGGCCUUCUUUUCAUCUUCGGCAGCUCCUUCGGUGCUUAUCUUCUGCUUCUUCACCAGGCUAUUGUUACUCCGCUAUUGUUCGACUUCUACAACUAUGAAGCUGACAAGGAGUUCAAUCAGCUUUUCAUAAAGUUCACCGAGAACUUGGCACUGUUUGGCGCAUUGCUUUUCUUCAUUGGCAUGAAGAACUCGAUUCCAAGGAGACAACUCAAGAAAAAGGUUCAUAAAUCAAAGACAACAUAGACAGGAAGUUUUGAAGUAUAAAUGAUUAAACUUUUUGGCGUGCCAACGGUGUUUAGAAUUUUGCCCAAAUUCUAGUUUUAAACGUUUGUAUCAGAAUUUCCCUCUUAUAUAGGCUAGAAUUUUAGAAACGAGGAAAAUGAAAGAGUUUUAAUUGUUUUGAGGUUGUGAUACUGCUUUGUACCCUGCCUUUUAUGGCCAAAAUGAGGUUUAGUUGCGAUCUUUCGAUGUUUGAUACGCUUGUAAGUUCGAUGCCUUGCAUUACUUUGAUCACACGGUUUAAUAUGGAAAGAUGGCUAUUCACUCUC